GCCGCUGCGCCGGUUCGGCUGAGGCGUGUACAGGUGGCCUGCGCUUGCGGAGGCGAGGCGGAGCGGAGGGGCAGCCGCUUCGCCUUGCCCAGUUCGGCCGGCCAUGGAGCUUGGCCUGGGAGGAAGAGAAGGAGGAGGAAGGAGGGCAGCAGCAGCGGGAGGGGAGGCGGAGGAGGAGGCGGCAGCCCCAGCAGCCGUCAUCCAAGAGGGCUGGUUCCGCGAGACGUGCAGCCUCUGGCCCGGGCAGGCCCUCUCUCUGCAAGUCCAGGAGGUCCUGCAUCAGCAGCGGUCGCCCUUCCAGGAGAUCCUGGUCUUCAGGAGCAAAACAUACGGGAACGUCUUGGUCCUCGAUGGUGUCAUCCAGUGCACAGAGAGGGAUGAGUUUUCGUACCAGGAAAUGAUCGCUAACCUUCCCUUGUGCAGUCACCCAAACCCACAGAAGGUGCUCAUCAUCGGGGGUGGCGAUGGAGGAGUCUUGCGGGAAGUGGUCAAGCACCCCUCCGUGGAGUCCGUAAUACAGUGCGAAAUUGACGAGGAUGUGAUCCAAGCAUCUAAGAAGUACCUCCCAGGGAUGGCCGUGGGAUAUUCCAGCCCGAAACUCACCUUGCAUGUUGGGGACGGCUUUGAAUUCAUGAAGCAGAACCAGGAGGCUUUUGAUGUGAUAAUCACAGACUCUUCCGACCCCAUGGGUCCUGCAGAAAGCCUCUUCAAAGAAUCCUACUACCAGCUGAUGAAGACAGCUCUGCGGGAAGAUGGCAUUCUCUGCUGCCAAGGUGAAUGCCAGUGGCUGCACCUGGACCUCAUUAAGGAGAUGCGCCAGUUCUGCAAGUCGCUGUUCCCCGUGGUCGAGUACGCCUACUGCACCAUCCCGACCUACCCCAGCGGACAGAUCGGCUUCAUGCUCUGCAGCAAGAAUUCAAACACUAAUUUCAGGGACCCUGUCCAACAGUUGUCCCAGAAGGAAGUGGAAGCAAUGAAUCUUAAGUAUUACAACUCGGAUGUCCACCGGGCAGCCUUUGUCCUGCCUGAAUUUGCACGAAAGGCUCUGAGCGCCGUGUGAGAACCCCGACGCAGAUCCACUUCUGGCCUCGGAUACCCUGGCGGGACGGAAAACCCCAGAAGCCUCAUCCACCUAGCGGAUCGUCUCUGGUGUGCGGCCGGCCUGACGUGGUCCUCGCUUGCCUUGCGGCCUCUAGCCUGCCAGCUAAACAUUCCUUCCAAUUAUGUAUUUAAAAAAAUGAAAGGACUCUGGGUUUGAACCCAACCGCAGGACCCAACUUCCAAACAACCCUGCCCCCCGCCCCCAUCCACCUAGUUCAGGCUAAGCUGUUGGCCUAUUGCUUGAACUCGUGUCUCCAACAUGUGGAGUAUUAAUGUAGAGCCUUCAGGCGCCUGCCUGCUUCCUUUUUAACACCCCCCACCCUGAAAAUGCUGUAUUUAUAACUGACAAUGUAUCUCCCUUUAAAGUGGUUGCCAUCUAGUUUGGAAGGACCAGGCACAAUGGUUUGACACUCUGCCUUUCAAGGGGGCAUGGGGAUUGGCAUCGGGUGGGGUGGGAGGUGGCAUAGUUGGAUAUGUUUUCUCUGCUCCCCCUCCCUUGCCUCGCUCCCCUUUGCCCCCCACCUCCACGGAAUGCCCACACCUCUUUCCUCCUUGCCUGGUCAGGUGGUUUUGGUCACAUGCCCCCUGCCUGCCCCGACUCCUGAGCCCAUCAAUGGGGUCUCUUCGCGGCGUUUUAAUUGGCUGAGCGCAGAAAGACCAAAGUUGUCUGUAGAGAACCGUUAACCUCUUUGUAUAGUAAACAGACUCAAAUAAAAUUUAAGUAUCGUU